AUGACCGGAUUUCGAUUGGGUACAAGCAACAAAAAGGAUAAGCUGUCUCCGCCAGGAGCAGCUAAGCCUUCAGCGCUAGUUGAUGAGGUGAGUCAGGCCACGCCCACAAAACCAUGCCGCACACUUUUUUCGCCGUGUUUCAAGCUUCAAAAUGAUACCGAAUAAGCCACGCCCACUUUUUGCAAGUCUGGCACACUUUUCCGAGCUUCAUUUUGUUUUUUUUUGUUUAAAAAAUAAGCCACGCCCACAAAACCGUGCCGCACUUGCACUUUUCCCAAACAAAAAUUUGUACUUUUUGUUUUUCAUCAAUUUUUGAUGGGUUUUUUUGCAAAACAAAAAAAAGUGUGCGGCAAAAUUGCAGAAAAAUAGGCCACGCCCCUUUUCUUAGGCAUAUUUGGUAUCAAAAUGCUGCAAAUUUUGGCGCGAAAAUUUGAAAAUUCAAAUUUGCAGGUUAGUGAAUCGCGAAAUUUCGGAAUCAAAAACUAUUUGCACCAAUUCUAUGUGACACCGACAGGCGAUGAUUUGGAAUCCAGUGCGGCUUGGUGAGUAGUUUUGGCGCCAAAAAUGCCACGUGGCAGUGAUUUUGGCGCGAAAAUUCGAAAACGCCGUGAAAAAUGAUGGAUUUUUGAGCCGAAAUUCGAGAAUUUUUGAGAAAAAUUUAAAUUUUUCCGGUUUUCCUCGAGAACUACACAGAUUUUUGAGCGGGAAAUUUGAAAAAUUCAAAUUUUUCCGAUUUUCCUCGAGAACUACACAGAUUAUUGGAUUUUUGAGCGGGAAAUUUGAAAAAAUUCAAAUUUUUCCGAUUUUCCAAAAGAACUACACAGAUUUUUGGAUUUUUAAAGCGGGAAAUUUGGAAAAUUCAAAAUUUUUUGAUUUUCCUCGAGAACUACACACAUUUUGGAUUUUUGAGGCGGGAAAUUUGAAAAAUUCAAAUUUUUUCGAUUUUCCAAGAGAACUACACAGAUUUUGGAUUUUCGAAGCGGGAAAUUUGAAAAUUCAAAUUUUUGCGCUUUUCCUCGAGAACUACACGGAUUUUGGAUUUUUGAGCGGGAAAUUUGAAAAUUCAAAUUUUUUCGGAUUUCCUCGAGAACUACACAGAUUUUCAAUUUUUGAAAGCGGGAAAUUUGAAAAAUUCAAAUUUUUUUUUGAUUUUCCAAGAGAACUACACACAUUUUGAAUUUUUGAGCGGGAAAUUUCGAAAAUUCAAAUUUUCUUGGUUUUCCAAAAGAACUACACAGAUUUCAGAUUUUUGAGCGGGAAAUUUGAAAAAUUCAAAUUUUUCCGGAUUCUCCUCGAGAACUACACAGAUUUUGGAUUUUUGAGGCGGGAAAUUUGAAAAAUUCAAAUUUUUCCGGUUUUCCUCGAGAACUACACAGAUUUCAGAUGUUUAAAGCGGGAAAAUCGAAAAAUUUAAAUUUUUCCGAUUUUCCAAAAGAACUACACAGAUUUUUGAGCGGGAAAUUUGAAAAUUCAAAUUUUCAACUUUCCCGCCUCAAAUUUGCUCAUUUUCCACGUGAAAUGGCUCAUUUUCAGCCAAAUUUUCAGAUUUCCGUGCUGAAAUUCAAAUUUUCAGGUACCUGCUUCCGCCUCCGCCAGCUCAACGUCGCGGACUGAUGAUUUGCCGCUUCUGCACACUCAUCGGGCUCAUUUUGCUGAUUGCCGGAGCUGUUUCGAUUGUCGUCGGAUACACGUGGCAUCCGGAAAGGCAUCCGACCGAAAAUAUUCAACAAAUCAUGUUGUAUCAGGUGAUUUUCAAGCUCCGCCCCUUUUCUGCAAGUCUGGCACGCUUUUUUGAACGAAAAAUCGUGAAAAAUGAUGAAUUUUGAGCCAAGAUACCUCAUUUUUGAGCAAAAAAACCAAUUUUCCAACAAAAAAUAGGCUCCGCCCCUUUUCUGCAACCCUCGCACACUUUUUUUGUUGCAGGACGAAGCUGGCUACUAUUAUUUCCCAAGUGACAAAAUCACCUAUCUUCUUCAGGAUCCAAUGAAAUACUGGAAAACUGCAGGUUGGUUAGGCCACGCCCCUUUUCUGCAAUUUUGCGGCACGGUUUUUUUGGGGAAUUUUCCGGGCUUCAUUUUGAUACCAAAUAAGCCACGCCCACAAAACCGUGCCGCAGCUUGUUUGGUGUCAUUUUGAAGCCCCGAAAAUUCCCCACAAAAUAGGCCACGCCCACUUUUUUUGCAAGCCAGGCACAGUUUUUUUUGAGCGCGAAAUUUGAAAAAUUCAAAUUUUCUCAUUUUAAGCUAAAAUUUUGAGAUUUUCUUUAAAAAAUUCGGAUUCUCCUCGAGAACUACACGGAUUUUUGAGAGCGAAAUUUGAAAAAUUCAAAAAAAAAUUGCGGUUUUCAAAAUUAAUUUUUUCGCGCCGAAUUUUGAUCUACAGUACUCUAGCGUUCCAAAAUUUGAAUUUUCGAGAAAAAAAUAGAAAAUCCACGUGGCAAAGUUUGAUCUACCGUAAUUUUUGUGUGAAAUUCAAUGUAGAUCAAAUUUUGCGGAGCAAACAGCUACAGUACCCAAACAUAGGCUUGUUUGGUAUCAAAAAACGCGCGAAAAUUUGAUCUACCGUAAUUCCAGCCCGAAAACCUACAGUAACCCAAUUUUUUACAGGAUUCUGUCUCUUCGCUUCGGGAGCCGUUUUGCUCGCCGUCUCGCUGAUCAUUCCAACGCUAGCGGCAUGCGUCGGCACGCGUCGCUUUGCCGCAUUCGCUUCCGCCGACAACUCGCCGAAUGAGCCGCCAGUCCGCGUGUUUCCGCAUUCCGGAAAUGUGCAAAGGUACGGUCAUCUUCCGCGCGGUUUUGUGGGCGUGGCUUAUCGCUGGCCACGCCCAUGCCAUGCGGGGUAUCAUUCUGAGCAGAAUUUCAUGGCGCGAAAAUCUACAGUACCCCCCGGGGGCACUACAGUAACCCUGCAUUUUUUCUUUCAGUGGCCCAGUUCCGGUGAUGGAGGAGAUUGCAAAAGUUCAGCCAAGCGAAAAGGCAUCGCCGAGUUCGUUGACCGAAAAUCUUCUGGAUCAACAAUAA